CGCAGUGAAGAAGAUUAUUUUCAUAUAAAAAGCCAAACGUUUUUGCUAACGUUAUGUCAGUUCAAUUUUAAACAACCGACAGUGUUUAACAAAAAUUUUCAUCCUUAGCCCACAAUGAAAUCCUUCACCGCUGCUGCUGUUAUUUCCACCUUGGCUGCUGCCAAUGCCGGCUUCGCCCCCGCUCCCUUGGCUUAUGCUGCUGCUCCUUAUGCUGCCGCUCCAUUCGCUGCUGCUUCUCCCUAUGUAGCUCAUCCUUAUGCUGCUGCUCCCUAUGUAGCUGCCCCCGCUGCCUACUCUGCUCCUUUGGUAGCCAAGACUUUCGCCGCUGCUCCAGCUUUUGCUGCCCCUGGCCCAGUCUACGCUGCUGCCCCAGCUCCCUAUGUAGCCGCCCCAGUUGCAAAGACUUAUGCUGCUGCUCCCUUGGUAGCUAAGACUUUCGCCGCUCCCGUUGUAGCUGCUGCCCCAGCUCCAGUUUUAGCUAAGACUGUUGCUGCUCCUUUGGCCGCCCCCGUAGCCCCCGUUGCCCCUGUUGCUGCCGUAGCUGCUCCCGUUGUAGCCAAGGCUGAGGUGGUUGAUGCCCAUCCUCAAUACAAAUUCGCCUACAAUGUUCAAGAUGCUUUGACCGGUGACUCCAAGACCCAAGAAGAAACCCGUGACGGUGAUGUAGUACGUGGCUCUUACUCUUUCAUUGAGGCCGAUGGCUCUCGUCGUAUUGUCAACUACUAUGCUGAUGACAUCAACGGUUUCAACGCUGUUGUCUCCAAGGAUGUUCCCGUAGCUGCUGCCCCCGUUGUAGCUGCCCCAGCUCCCGUUGUUGCCAAGACAUUCGCCGCCCCCAUUGUUGCCUAAUUUCUUUUUAAUGAAUUUAUUAAGCAAUCAAUAGUGAUGUCCUUGUGAGAUUACUUCUGUAUCUUUUUUUUUUUUGCCAAUUUGCCUUUAAUUCUUAGCUAAUUGUUUAUCUAUACUUCGCUAUCCAUCUCUAUUUUCUGCUAAGUUUUAAAAAUCUAUCAAUCUUUUUUAUUCGUUAUUGUCGGUGGGUUAAAUUAACCCUGGUCUACUGUCGAGGUGCUGUCAAAUAAUUGCAAUAGCGUAAGCGAAAUUCAUUUGUAAAUAACAUUUUCUACAAUCAUUGUCGUUGUUGUUGUAAACAAAAUUUCAACUUUCAUCACUUACUUAUGACCAAGACUUUGAUAAAACUGUUAAAUAAAAAAAAUAUUA